AGUGCAGCCCGUAUUCUACGCUUCCCGAACAGUUUAAUUAGUUUGGUCCCGUUUGGACGACGGCAAUUUCACACUGAUUCUGAAUUUUAUCGUUAUUUUUUUACGAUUUCCUUCCUCUAACAUGUAGUGAAAUUCAGCUCGGUUUUCAUCUGCAGAAUUUCCACGCAGAAAAAUGCAGCAGGCUCUCAGCAGCAUAUUCCUGGCGUUUAUGUCAUGGUACCGUCUUUGUACCACUGAGGCUGAUACAGAAACAAGACCAGUGUCCACUUCUGCGGGAACAUCUGAUUCACUGGUAUGGGACCAGAACGGCUAUAUCUUUUAUUGUCCGUGUCAUGGUCGUUUCGGGAACCAGGCGGAUCAGUUCCUUGGUACACUGGCGUUCGCCAAAGCGUUAAAUCGCACACUGAUACUACCACCAUGGCGGAGUUAUGGUGCUGAACAACGGCAAAUGGUGCCUUUCAACAGUAUCUUCCAAGUGGAACCGUUACGGCGCUUUCAUCGUGUUGUGCUGGCCAGCGAAUUUAUGGACAACUUUGGCGAAUCGCAUUGGUCACAGGACAAACGUGUGGCCUUCUGCCAUUUUCAGCAUGCGGAGAACAAGGAAAAACCAUGCACGACGAAUGUCCAAUUCUUCGCUGAGUUUUGGGAUGCUGUUGGAGUGCCUGAAUUCACUGCUUCGGAGAAUAUACAGGGACUGUAUUUUGAUGAUACCGAAGCAGAAAAUUGGAUAAGCAGAUUUCCAGCAGAAACGUAUCCCGUAAUUGCUCUGCGCGGUCCACCGGCACCAUUUCCGGUUCCCCUCCGUCACUGGCACAUUCAAAAGUAUGUGGCCUGGUCCGAAGAAAUACAGCAGCGUGGCGACGCGUUUAUCACCGAGAAGUUUGGAACCGAACCGUUCCUGGGAGUUCACCUUCGCAAUGGUGAAGACUGGGUGCGAGCGUGCGAUCUGCUGAACGAAGAUCGGCACGGAUUAAAGAAUCUCAUGGCAUCUACGCAGUGCCUAGGAGAAAAUCCUUCCAAUGCUGUAACACGGGCAAUCUGUUUGCCAACGGAGGAGGAUGUCAUCCGCAGGGUGGCCAGUGAACUGGAAGUCCUGGGAUUUAAACAUUUGUUUAUUGCUACUGAUCACGAUCCUUAUUUGAAGCGCUUUAAAAAAGCAAUAAAGAAUGUUAACAUCAUCCAUGGCAGUUUGGACGUUCCGCAGAUAGACAUGUACAUUUUGGGUCGAAGUGGUGUUUUUAUUGGUAAUUGCGUCUCUUCUUUUUCGUCAUUUGUGAGGCGAGAAAGGGACGUUUCGCAUCGUCCCACUCUCUACUUUGGAAUCUCCAAGGAAUAUGUUCACGAAGAGCUUUAAAAGCGCAAUUUGUUUUGGUUUAUAUUUCUAACUUUUCAAGUGCGACUUUUGAGAAUUGGUUUCCAGCUCGUAACUGGUGUAAACUGUUUUCCAGUUUAAAGCGAGACGGUGAAAAAAUCCAUCCGUUAUUUUACUUCGGGUUUAAUUAACCAAACCGAAACACUCUGAAAAACCCAUU